AUGCCUUCAUUUUAUGGAUCCGUCCCUAUCUUGGCCGUAGCGGCCAUACAAUUCCUUCUUCUACGCAGUGUUUCGUCCCUGAACCUGACCAAUGAGUAUCUGCACCACAAAUGCAUCAACAGUCAAGGGAAAUACAACAAGGGAAGUGUAUACGAGGCAAACCUCAACCGUGUCCUCGGUCUCACCUCUAGCGCCAAUCUUGUUGACGGUUUCUCCGACGCCACCUAUGGGGAGGCCCCUAAUGCCGCUUACCUCCGACUCCAAUGCCGUGCCGACUCCUACUUGUCCAAAUGCCAAGCCUGCCUCUCCACCGCCAUCUCUGAGCUUCGUAGGAGAUGUCCGGGAAACAAGGGAGCGAUAAUAUGGUACGACCAAUGUCUUCUCAGGAUAUCAAUGAUCCAUGGCUAUGGGAAGGUCGAUAACGAGAACGACUUCUUUUUGUCAAACCCCAAAAAGGUGAGCGGAAAUAUAGAGUCGUUCAACAAAGAAACAUCGGCUCUACUGGUGAAUUUGACAGCUAAAGCCACAAGUACAUCCAACGUAGGCUCUGACUCGCUGGUGCUGUACGCGGCUGGGGAAAAGAUGAUUGGGACGAAGAAGGUGUUCGCAAUGGUCCAGUGUACGAAAGACUUUGUGUUUAAAAGUUGCUUGACGUGUUUGCAAGGGAUUUUAAAGAAGUUCCCGAUGUGCUGCAAUGGUAAACUAGGAGGGAGGGUUUUAGGUGUGAGUUGUAACUUUAGGUAUGAGUUAUACCCUUUUCUUAGAAGCUAA